UUGCGCCAGCGUGAUUUCGAUGUUGCCGUUUUUUCAUUUCUUCUCGUGCGUUACAUGCGUGCUGCAGACUGUGCUGGUACAGAGUGUGACUGUCGCUCUACCAUUGGGCUAUUUCAAAUAGAUUUUAAACCUCUACUUUUGCAGCAUCUGGGCCCGGCGGAAAACAUAUUAAUUACAGUCGACUGUCACUGCAUCAUUUUUCCGUGUUAGAGAUUGUGUUCUCAGUUUGGACUCAGAACUAUGGCAAAAUAUCGAGCAUGGUCUCUUCUUGCAAUCUUUUCUUUCCUGGCACUGAAAGCCCUGUCCCAGGAUUUGUCUCUGUUAGAUGCCCUUGAUGAUUCCCAGCCAACCCCACCACCAACUCCCCAGCCCAAUCCUGACCCGGCAGGCGAUGAUGACGAUGAUUUUGAUUUAAGCAAAGCAUUAGGUCCAGCUGAGAAUCCCACAACCAAGGCUCCGGUCCCGGUUCCCACCACCAAAGAGUCAGUCAAGCCCAAACCCCAGCCAGAUCUCCACGAGAAAGAUUUCUUUGCACCCACGGUCCGGCCGGGCCUACUGCCCCGCACCACAACCAGAGCGCCCAGACCCACGCGCCGGCCCUCUAGGCCCCAACCUGGUGGGGAUGAACUUGACCUGUCUGACGCUCUGGACACAAACAACGAUAUUGGAGGGAAGGACAAGAACGGCAAAGGAGACGGGCAGUUCUCAGACUCUGACCUCGCUGGCGUGGCAGACGAUGACGCCUACAAUCCUGACAAAGGAAAAGGAGGCCGAGGGGGAGGAUCAGACUCAGACGAUGGUGGCUCUGCAGACAUGACUGAGACUGGCACCAUCGCUGGCAUCGUCAGCGCCGUCGCCAUGGCACUGGUGGGCGCGGUCAGCAGCUACAUCACCUACCAGAAGAAGAAGCUCUGCUUCAGCAUACAGCAGGGUCUGAACGCGGAGGCGGAGAAGGGCGAGAACCCAGAAGCCGUUGUUUCCCAGGAACCCCAAGCCCAGCAGACUCUUCUCCAGCCCGCAAAUGCGGAACCUCCCAACAACGAAAACACACUGUAAACCCCCACUCCUGCCCCCCCACCCCCCUGCACCUCUCCUUUCACCCCACCCUCACCCUGCCCCCACCCCUGGUGAAGAGGGCAGGAUACCCCUGCAUCGUCCCACAGGGCAGACACCCCACCCUCACCCCCCUCCACUACACAGCGCCCCCUGCCCCUCUCCACCGAAGAUCCAGCCAGCCCCCGUCCCCUCACGAACUGUGCACAUCAGCAGAUUUAUUUGACUGUUCAACACCAAUCAUACUCCUGUUUACACUGUACUGAAAGAAACCGCCUGACUGAAGUCUCUCACGUGCACCGCUUUGGACCGGGGAGUCAUGUCUCCUUCCUGUGGACGCUCUGGGAUGUGUCCAAUCCCUUUCUUCCCUCCCCCCAUGUUUUUUCCCCUCCUUUUUUUUAGGAGAUAAUCAAGACGGGGUCUUUAGAGCCUUGUCAAUCAAUCGCAGCACCCAGCGGAUUGACACUCAAGAGGGCGGGGCCUAGGACUCCACUUCCAUGGGCGGACACGGAGAAGGUGGAAGCCUUUGCCCUGUGGCUGUUGAUGAAAUGAGAGUUCUGAGGUCCACUUCCAGCUCUCUCUAAAUUGCUGCUCAUCCAUGCUUUGAUAAAUGUAUUACCCCUUUGUAAGUCUAGCCCCAAGAAUAUCAGGCCUUUUUAUCUGGCUAAGCAUAGGAUAGCUCAGGGGUCCUUGGAUAGUUAGGCCAGAUGUUCUUUUUUGUAACUUUUAUUAGGCCACAUAAGCUAUUUGAUUUGAUAUUAUGUUCUUUUGUAAGGAUGUUUUUGUGUUCUUGAAAGGCAUUGUACUCUAAUAGCUAGGUUUGUGUGCCUAGCCUUUGUGGUAUUGACGUUUGGAAACUAAAAAAGACUAAUUUAAAAGACAUACAACUAAAGCUGUUUAGCCACUAACUGGAGAGAAGAUUAUACUGUGUGUCUUAAAAUGUGAUUGUAACGGGAAACGUAUAUCUUCUCGGUCUGUACAUUAUUGUUGUUGGAAUACCAGUUUUAGAAUUCCAGUGUUGAGAAGGAAAGUCAGUUGAAUGUGUAGCUGAAGUGUUAGAUAACAAUGUAGCGGAGACAUGAAGUAUCUGUUGACAUACUUAAGUAGUUCUGUGUUAGCUUAGAUUUGUUUUUUAUAUUCUUGAAUGGUAACCUCUCAUGCAACCAGGCUAAUAAUAUGAGAUUGUAAGUUGCUUUAUUGUGAGUGGGUUGUUUAAUGUAUUUGCGAUCGAUGCUUGUACAUUGCCGCUUUAGAAAGUUUGUGUUUUUACAUGACUAGCUUCGUGAACAUGUUCUUAUACUCUCUUUUUCUAUGUAUGUAUGCAGCUGUGUCGUUCCCCUCUUUAUAGCUGAAUAUGGGCAUUUGUGAUAUCGAGUCGGUCCUAGCCAUUUCACUUAUAAGUAGUUGCAGUGUUGAUGGUAUUUUUUCGAAGUGUUUUCUUCGAGAUAAUAAUUAUACAUUCGAAUUUUAUUUCGCUUGUCGUAGCCUUUGAUUUGUGGCCGAACCGCGAUCCCUUUUGAAGACGUCUCAGCGCAUUGCUUCCUACGCGACUCCUGGCAGCCACAGUUACUGCAGUUACUACACUACCGCUGUCGUGCCUCCUUUUCAGCGUAACGUUUCUGUCAUGCUGGCUAUGGCACGAAAUCACCACGGGGGGAGGGAAGCCGGUCGAAGACGCAUUCACCAAAUUUUUUACCGAAUGUAGGCCUACUCGUUUUCACGCACCAUUGUCCCGCAGUCACAGGAAGGAUUUGAAGCUGCUUGUAACGAAGCAUUUAACACCAAAGAUGUUGCAGCGAGGGAUCGUUUUUGCAUCUUCUUGUGCGUUGCUUUGUGUCCGUGAAAUGUUUUACUGGUACUAGAUCUAACUGAGAUGUAGCUUCGAAACUACCGAGAGACAGUUGUAAUGUGAAGUUGUUUUGGCAUUGCCAAAAAGUCAUUUUACCCUUAAAGUACAGCUUUAAGUGCACGUUUACAACAAUCGAAUUCAGUGUUUUCAUUUAAGACCAGUGGUUCCCAAACUCAUGAACUAGUACACAAAAACUGUAAGGGUGGGUCUUUAUAACAAUGCAUGCUUUCAUAGUUACAUCAAUUAAUAACUAUUAAUUAUUUUUUUUCGAAACCUGUUCUUACAGUGUGCUGAUCACUGUUUUAAACUACAUUUUUUUAUUAUUAUACACAUAUACUAUGUGUAGGCUAUAGUAACUGGAAAUUAUACACAUAUAUUAUCUGUAUAAUAAUAGAAAAAUAAAAAAGUAAGAUAUUAAGUGCAAGAAAGCAGUUUGCAUCCAGUUGGCAUGCAGUUAUUGAAUCAAGCUGAUUAUAUUACACUAUUAGGGGCAGAAGGAGUGGCAUUAGUCUAUAUGGUAAAAGGUUUACUUAGUACUUGGUAAAAGAUUUGGGAAUCACUGGCUUAAACCAUAUCUCUUUACAUCCGUUCUAUACAUAUAACCUCAGUUUAGUUGUUUGAGCCGUUAACGGGAGGAGGUCCUUUGAAACGUUUCACGCUCACCUGCCUGCAGGUGUCUCCAGCGCGUCUGCAUCUUAAAACAGCCAGUCAUUUCAACCUACAGGAAAUGGCAUGUCGGAUUAGUAGAACUGGCAUUUUUGAUGUGGGAUGGAUGAUUUUAUCUGUGGCUUAGUGUCUAAAUGGAUGGUCAUGAAUCCACUGGCUACACAGACCCGCACAUGGACAUUGUAUGGAUAUAACUCGUAACAGAGGAAGGGUUGUGUGGAGGAGGGGGGGGGCUGUAGGUGUGUGUGUAAAGAGUAAAGGUGUUCCAUGUUUGUGUACUAAUAGCGAUUGGAUGCAGAGGGAACAGUGUUGUGUAGGCUCUGAACCGUUCUGUCCUCCCUCAGUUGCGGUAAGGUCGGCUGAGGUCGUCUGUGAGUGCGUGCGUUGUGGACAAGUCUGAAGUUGCGCUCGAUGGUUGGCGUGUACUGAGCUCCGUUUUUUUUAAUGAGGACCAAAUGGAAGCUGGCCUGCCGGCCGUUUUGUCGGCCGUCGUGAGCCUGUAUGACCGAGGGUUUUCCUGUGUAGAGUAGUAAGAUGCGUUGGAUGGGGAAAAUACCGUUGGAGAUUUUCUCUCACUGUUUGGGUUGCUGUUGAAGCUGAUGUGUAACCGAGUUGCAGUUUGGACCUGAAGGAAGGAGUUCCUUCCCCUGAAGGAGGCAGGUCCCUAAUCCCGGACCUGAGCUAAUGCUGAAGUAGCCUAAUCUUGUAACCUCACCGCCAUCACCUCAAGUCACCGUUCCUGGAUCUGUACUUUUGCUUAAGUAACCUCGUCAACUUCACCGCAAUCACUAUGAACCCUUAGAUCAAUACGAGGCUCUCGCUUCGCUGCUUGAAGGAUUCCUCCUGUUGCCUUUAUGAAAAAAAAUUGAAAAACCCUCACAGCUUCACCUGUCAGUGCCUGAUAACCCAAGUGUGGACUUCCUCACGAGAACAAAACACGAUCCUCAGAGGCAAACCUCUCCGAAUCUUGGACGAUUUUUAACAUCAGGGAACGAUGGGUGGUGUUUGAGAGGGGCUGUUAGUGGUCGGCACUAACAGAAGGCUUGCUGUUCCUGAUGGUCUGAAUGUCUGUUAUCAAUCCUGGUACUGUAACUCACUGGUGUUAUAUUUGAGGAGAGCAGUGAAUACAAUUAAACCCAAUAAAAUGAUAAAAAAAAAUG